CCACCGAGGGUCGCGUCUCGCUCACCCACGUGUCGCUGCCGUUGUGUUGUUAUAAGUGACUUUAACUUUUCGAGUGGAAGAUGGACCAGACUAGGAAAUCAAGACCUCCCAACCCUAGGGAUACUGCAGGGAUUGUGUCCAAAAUGGUAUUCUGGUGGCUGCUUCCUCUGAUGAAGGCGGGGCAUUCGCGGCCACUGGACACGGGGGAUUUGUAUUGCGUUCAGCCCCAAGAUGCGUCGCAAGGCUUGGGAGAUCGCCUUCAAAAAAAAUGGGACGAGGAGCUGUCCAGGAGCAAAAGCAAAGGGAAGAAACCCAGCUACUUGAGGUCGUUGGUGCACUGCUUCGGCUGGGAGUACGCGCGGGUGGGCCUCCUCGCUGCCUUUGAGGAGUGCGUGCUGAGAAUUGGCCAGCCACUCUGCCUAGGAGGCCUGAUCCGCUAUUUCAAUGGGGAGCCAGGAUACACAACGGUGGAUGGAUGGCUGUUCGCAACUGGAGUGGUGAUGGGGUCUUUGCUUUACAUAUUCUCACAUCACCCCUUCUUUUGGGGCAUUCAACAUAGUGGCAUGCAGAUUAGGGUAGCAAGCUGUGCCUUAAUAUACAGAAAGGCAUUACGCCUAAGCAAGGCUGCGCUGGGAAAGACCACAAUCGGGCAGAUGGUGAACUUGUUGUCUAAUGAUGUCAACCGAUUUGAUACAAGUGUCAUCUUCCUCCAUUAUCUUUGGAUUGGGCCUCUUCAGACAGCUAUUGUAUUGGCAAUCUUGUGGCAAGAGUUAGGACCUUCUUGCUUAGCAGGGAUUAUGCUCUUGAUUCUCUUUGUGCCUCUUCAAAGCUGGAUGGGUAAAGUCUUCUCUAAGCUGAGAUUAGCUACAGCACAUCGCACAGAUGAGCGUGUAAGGAUUAUGAACGAAAUCAUCAAUGCCAUGAGAGUUAUAAAGAUGUACACUUGGGAGAAGCCUUUUACAGCACUAGCUGAACAAGCAAGAAAGUCUGAGAUUGAUGUGAUCAUGAGGACUAAUUAUUAUAGAGCUGUCAAUAUGUCUCUCUUUUUCACUUCUUCAAAAGUUAUUGUAUUUUUAGCAUUGCUGACUUACAUUCUGACAGGCAAUGCAUUGACAGCUGAAAAGGUCUUUGUCACCAGUUCUUUGAUCAACAAUGUCAGACUUGUAAUGACUUUGUUCUUCCCAUUUGGUAUUGCUAUGGGAGCAGAGACCAAAAUAUCAUGCAAAAGAAUUCAGGAAUUCUUGGAAAUGGAAGAGAGGGAAGAUACCAGCAGUGUCCAGAAAUCCAAUCUAAGGCCAAAACUGAAGGACUGUGGAAUAACAAUAAAUGGAGUGACAGCCAAAUGGAGUGAUGCAACAGAAGAGAACACGCUGAACAACAUCUCAUGUUCUGUCAAAGCUGGAGAACUACUGGCUGUCAUAGGUCCUGUUGGCUCAGGAAAGGGUUCACUUCUUCACGCAAUUCUUGGGGAGUUACCGGCAAAGUCUGGUGCAAUAUCUGUCCGUGGCAAGGUGGCAUAUGCAUCUCAAGAGCCAUGGGUGUUUUCAGGGACAGUGAAGCAAAAUAUUCUCUUUGGACAACCUUAUAAUGAAAAGAAGUACAAUGAAGUUAUUAAAGUAUGUGCAUUAGAGCGAGAUUUGGAACUACUGCCAAUGAAAGACAUGACAAUGGUUGGUGAGCGUGGUGUUUCACUCAGUGGUGGUCAGAAAGCAAGAGUUAAUCUUGCCAGGGCAGUGUAUUAUGAUGCAGACAUCUACCUACUGGAUGACCCACUUAGUGCUGUCGAUACUCAUGUCGGACGUCACCUGUUUGACCAGUGUAUAAUGGGCCAUCUAAAGCACAAAGUUCGGAUCCUGGUGACACAUCAGCUACAAUACCUUAAAGAAGCAAAUGAAAUCUUAGUCCUUAGAGAGGGUUAUCCUGAAGCAAUUGGAAACUACCAUCAGUUGGUCAACAGUGGAAUAGACUUUGCCUCACUUCUAGCAGAAGGUCAUGAGGAAGAAAAACCAACAUCCCCUUCAAGGCAACCUAGCACAAAAAGUGCCAAGAAGAAUGGCUUUAUUCCAACAGGAAAGUUUAUGCAAGAGGCUGAAAAAUUUGGAUCCUCACUAUCUCUCACAAGGAGAGGGCGUGUCCGCAAUGACUCCGUCGCCUCUGUACAUGACUCUGUUGAGGCUGAAAACAUCCUAACCAUUUCUGGAGCUCAUUUGGCAGGAUCAAGCUUGUCAAUUGAUGAGGAAGUUAAUGACACACCUACUAAAGUUGCAAAGAAACGGAAAGCAGAGAGAAGACUGAGGAACAUUCAAGAGGAGAAAUCAGAGCCGCUGCUGAAAGACAUGGAUGAUGGUGCAGACAAAGACGGGGCUGAAGAGGGCCAGGAUGGUGCCGAAGUGAGGUCAGUUGGAUCAGUCAAAGCUAGCAUAUACCUUCAGUACUUCCUGGCUGGAGGUGGCUGGUUCCUGCUGAUUGUGCUCACCUUGGCCAAUGUUCUCACCCAAGUCCUCUUCUCUGGGACUGAUUACUGGCUUUCCUACUGGGCAAAUGGUGAACAAAUCCGUGCAAGGUUACUUCUCGAGGCCAGUGAAAAUAUGACAUUAGCGAUUAACGGGUCUGCUAUAUCUUAUCAAGAUGCACCAGUUCCAAAGGGCUACCUUGACACAAUCACUAAUGUUUAUGUGUAUGCUGGUCUGACUGCUGGGUUGUUCGUGCUCUCACUGGGACGAACUGUGAUGUUCUUUGUGAUGUGUAUGACAUCCUCAAGAAAUCUGCACAACAGAAUGUUUCAGUCAGUAAUUCGAGUCCCAAUAAAGUUUUUCGACACACACCCAGUUGGUCAGAUCCUUAACAGAUUUACAAAGGACCUUGGACAGGUUGAUGAACUGCUCCCUAUCACAGUGUUCGAUGUGGUAACUAUCCUCUUGAACUUCCUCGGUAUCAUUGCCGUGAUUGCUUCCAUCAAUAUCUGGGUCCUUAUCCCCACCCUGGGCCUAGGAGUCGUCUUCGUGUUCCUACGACGCUUCUACCUCAGCACCGCCCGUGAUGUCAAGCGACUAGAAGGAAUCACUCGAAGCCCUGUAUUCUCCCACCUCAGUGCUUCUCUUCAAGGCUUGACCACAAUACGUGCUUUUGAAGCCCAACAGAUAUUCAUGGAUGAUUUUGAUAUUCAUCAGGAUCUACAUUCAUCAGCUUGGUUCCUUUUCUUGUGCACUACUCGUUGGUUUGGAAUUUGUUUGGACUGGAUUUCUUGUAUUUACAUUGCCAUUGUGACAUACAGCUUCAUGGGUAUGCAAGACUCCCUUGGAGGAGACAUUGGUCUGGCCAUCUCCUCUGCUAUGAUGCUCAGCGGGAUGUUUCAGUGGGGUGUCAGACAAUCAGCAGAAGUGGAGAAUCAGAUGACCUCAGUAGAACGUGUUCUAGAGUAUUCAAAACUGGAACCAGAAGCUGCACUAGAAACAGACAAAGGUAACUUAAUCUUUUUUCGAAUACAUAUUUUUUGGUUAUAAAAUUCCAAUCUGAAAAUGAACACAAUGCUAAUUUUCAUAUUGCCCUCAUUGCAGAUUGGCAUUGUUGGUAGAACAGGAGCAGGAAAAUCAUCCAUGUUAACAUCCCUGUUUCGUUUAACUGAACCAGUUGGUGUUAUUUACAUUGAUAACAUUGCUGUGAAAGAGUUGGGCUUACAUGAUGUACGAGGAAAUAUCUCCAUCAUCCCACAAGAUCCAACUCUGUUCUCUGGAACCAUGAGGAGAAAUCUGGAUCCCUUUGACCAGUAUGAGGAUGAUGACUUGUGGAGAGCACUAGAGGAGGUGCAGCUCAAGGAUGCAGUGUCUGAUCUCGAAGGAGGUCUAGAGGCUGUGAUGUCAGAAGGAGGUAGUAAUCUUAGCGUAGGACAACGGCAGUUAGUUUGCUUGGCAAGGGCUAUCCUUAGGCACAACAGGAUUCUUGUGCUGGAUGAAGCUACUGCCAAUGUAGACCCAAGAACUGAUGGGCUCAUCCAGCAGACUAUACGCUCAAAAUUCAGAAACUGUACGGUACUCACCAUAGCACAUCGACUCCACACCAUCAUGGACAGUGACCGAGUCAUGGUGUUAGAGGCUGGCAGGCUUGAGGAGUUUGACGAGCCAUAUAUUCUCUUACGAAACCCCAAUUCUAUGUUUACAAAAUUGGUGGAGCAGACAGGCAAGGCUGCAACAGAUCAGUUGCGAUUGAUUGCAGGAAGGGCUUAUCAAGCAAAACAUGGUCAGGUGGCUAAUUUGUCAGUAGAAGAAGAAAGCACAAGUGAGGCACCACAAUCAACCUCAUCAAGAGACAGUCAGCCUCAACAUGAGAAUAAUGAAGACCAGACCUUACAAAGUCCAGGCAAUCAAGAUGAUGUUCCUUCAGAAGCUGGCCAAGAUGAUAAGCCAGCCUGUUAAGAAUUUCAUGUUCAAAUAAAUCAAUAUCAGGGUUAUAUAAGUAAGAUGCUAUAUACAUUUCUGUGGUUGAAUAUUACUAUGUGUAUAGUUGGAGGAAAUAGGGCAGCUUGCACUUAUUUUCAGUGGUCAGUACUAAUAACACAUGUGUGGUGCUUAUACUCAUCUGUUAAAGUAUGAAUACAUCUUCGUCUGGCUGUUUGCUGUAAAUAUUUUUUUCUUUUAUCUAGCAAUUUUAUGUUCCAUGAGUUUCAUUAGCUAUGAUGGUUGUGAAAUUUCUAUUUAUGCUAUGCAAAGAGUUCUGCUGUAAAGAUCAUGCAGCAAAGAAGAUAAUUGAAAGCAAAUGAUUUUCUGUUGUUUAAAAAACACAUUGAAAUGUUGUAAGACUACAAACACAAGAAAUGUAUUUAAUUAUUAGAAUUUUGUAAGAGUUAAGCAUGUUUUAUUACACUACAUGUAAUUUCAUAGAAUAGAUAUGAAAUUACAAAGUAUAUUCAUAAAAGUAAUCUUUUUUACGAAUACAUUAUUUUGUUAUAAAAAUGGUGAUUUUACCUUGUAUUCACUGGAAUAGAAAUUUUACCAUUUUUCUCA